UCUUCUCUUUUCUUUUUCUUCUCCCAUUUCCCUUUGUUAUUUCUAUUUCUUUCUUGAUCAACCACGAAGUGCAAGGCGAAAUAUCGAACCUCAGUACAUACAUAGAUCGCAUAAAACCCAUCCAUACUAUCUUGAUAUUUAUUUUUUUUAAAAAAGCUAUUACUUGUCUACUUGAAAAGUGAUCUCAGAUCCUUUUCUUUCCACACUUGCCUUGCUCACAUACCAUGCACCGACCGUGCCCCACAUCAACACACAGCUUCGGAUAUAGGAGCACAGCUCCUUCAAAUAUAAGCAGCGCGGUAGCCAUCAGUUCUACCCUUUUCAUUGAUACACAAUCCACUACACCAACAGUGUCCAUAUCAGGAUCAGUAUUGACAUCUGUAUCAACAUCAACCACAUCUUCAUCUGCCUGUACAUCCAUUUCUACUAUAUCAGUAACGUCUCCCCAUCCUCAACCUACAACAUUAGAAUAUAAGGACAACGAAGUCGCCUCCAAUAUUGCUAUUCAGACGUCUACCAUCAUUCCUUUUACCUCUGCAGCAACGGUCAUCACAUCAACAGCAUCUGAUACUACAAAGCUGACGAGAGCUACGCUCUCUAGUCAAACGUGUAUGACCGCCACAUCUAGCACUUCAUCAUCACACUGCGAUAUCAAGGCAACGGCCGCUCUAGUACCAGCGCGAGUAGAGACAGCAACGACGACAGGGUCUGAAUUUGAUAUUGUGCACCACAAUGUCAAAGAUACGUUGCUAAUCGUCUCGACGCUUCUCUCGCUGAUGGUGCGUAAGAACGAUAGUCAAUACAACCCUCAUGUAGAUCCUAUCACUUUAUUUCAUUCACGCGCUGUUCCUCGGAUUUCUAUCGAAUCAUAUUUGGCAAGAAUCCUCCAGUUUAUCCCCUUCACAAAUGAAGUCCUACUUAAUGUAUUGGUUUAUCUGGAUCGAAUUGGGGGACUGAGUGGAAUGGAUAUGGUAGAUAAACGUAGUCAUACUAGUUAUAGUAAUCGUAAUGAUACAGGUAGUGAUCACCCAAGCUCCAGCAGCAGAGAGCGAGAGACAGCUGCUGAUGGCACUUCAGCCAACAAUCUUCCAAGAAAAUGCGUGGACCUGCCCGCUCAAACUGCAGUAGCUUUCCCUUCAUCCACUAUGUCGCCAUCAUCAUCACCGCCACCAUCAUUAUUACCAUCUUCAACUAAACACGUGCAGAGGUGCCCUGAUUCCUCUUCUUUUUCCACAUCGAUUCCAUGCCGCUCGACUUCAGCGUACUCCGAACCGUUAACGGUACAGAAACAUGGCAGAGAGGAAGAGAGUCAUUGCUCUCAUCCCCAGCAGCAGCAGCACACACCAAGCGUCGAUGCAACUCCACAACGCGCCUUCAAGAAGCUAAAACAAGAACAUGUUUCUCCAGAACAUCAGCCACCCACGGCUAUUGAUGUUCAGUGCACACUAGGAGGAUCCACACCAGCCCCCACCCCAAUAUUGACUGUUGCUUCCAAUGGGUUUCGAAUUAACAGUUUCAAUAUUCAUCGUCUGCUCAUAACCUGUUUGAUGGUUGCAGCCAAAUUUACUUCGGAUCUCUUUUAUUCAAAUGCUCGGUAUGCCAAGUGGACAGUAUUCAUAUAAACAAUGUACUUCCGCCUUAUCGUCCGUCUUGGCUCUGUGUUCUGUGUGAAUCAUUCUUCUUUACGAUACAUCGUCUAGCACUACCCUUUGUCUUUCCGUUUCCGCCCUAGAUUCUUCAUUUUGUUUUCGAGACAAAAUGGCAUGCUUUUCCAGAAAACACAGUCGUGGUAAACUGGC